AUGCGCGUAUUGGACGGCAUAUCCCGGGACUCCCAACCCAUGGCUGUUAUUGAGACCCAACUGUUGGACACGUAUUGGAGGCAUAAGUACUUGUAUUCGACGGCAAACCGGUUGUGGAUAUCGUAUGAAUCGCAACGUGUGGUCAAUACGAGCCAACCCAAGGACAACCUCAUUGGCGUCCGAUCCAUAUCCCAAGGCGGGAACUACCAUUUCAAUGAGACGACAUCCCUUAUGGAACUGAAGAUUAACACUAAGUCUAAGCCUCUAUUGCCUAUUGUAUACACAUUUGAUGCCGAUAUUGGCUAUCAAUUAGUGGUUGACUUUAAGGACAGUCAAAUACCUCCGGGAAAUGGAUCUCUUCUAAAAGUCUACGAUAACACCGACCGGACAUAUGGACAGCCACUCAUUGACCUACAGUCCCAGACAAGCCCCUAUAUCUAUGCCUACGCUAUCGCCACAAACACCAAUCAAUUGAAGCUCGAGAUCUAUCAAUGGGUCGACAUUAAGCUAACUGUCCGCAAGUUUGUGGCUAAUGGUUGUAAUGCCACUGCCGGAGACAGGUAUACCAGUUAUAGUGUGUCCGGUAGUUGUCAGCCAUUGUGCUCGUGGCUCAUCCCUGGCCGCCUUAACACUAUCGGCACCCGUAUCCUACACUUCAGUCAACUCUCGAUGGAUAUGCCUAACGAUUACGUAGAGUUAGUCAGAGUGCGUGAUAAUCUUACCAAGCUACUCGUUGUUCAAGUUAGAUGGCAAACGUACAACUUUCCGGACAGUUAUCCCAUAGUAACAAACUUUGCAUGGGAAGUUAUGAGUACAAACUACACGGCGGUGAAUAGGGACAAAUCGGUGCAGCUACAAAAUGUAGCUAGCUUACCGGGCGAUAUGGUUCUGACAUUGCCAUUUUUGGCUGAACUUAACGCGUACCUAGAGGCUCAAGUGUACCCAGGCAAGUUAGACCUCGCUGGUGUCAGCGCUACGCUAACCCCAUUAAAAUGCGGCGGUGAGUACCAGGUACAAACUGGAAAACCGCUGAUAAUACAGAUGCCCGAUUCGAUAAUUGGCAACGCAUACCGGUGCUUCUGGAUAGUUACCGCUCCUAACGAAUCUCCCUAUUACCAAGGCAACCUUCUGGAGAUGAUUUAUGGUUAUGGCUACGAUUUCUACGGUAAACACAAAAGUUCAACAAACACCAUGAUAAUCGAGUAUACCGUGGGCAACUCUGAAUUGAAUAAUCUCUAUUUAAAUGUCACUACUAUUGGGUGCGCCACAAUGUGCAAUAAUCAGGAACGGUGCCUAUUAAAGCGGUUUAAGUGCAAUGGACAAAACGACUGUGGUGAUUGGUCGGAUGAGAGGUAUUGUGACACGCCACAACCAGAACCAACACCAAGGACAAUUUAUGUGCACACUGGAGUAAGUGGUUGGAUACUGGUCGGGGUGAUCAUCACACUGUUAAUGGCGGGAAUUGUGGUGUGGGUUGUGGUACGGGUGGCUCGUAAAAGGGGCUUUGGCUACGCCACACAUAUUGAUGGCGAAUGAGAUAUUAUACGAUUAAAUUGGACCAGACACAAUUUUAAAAUCUGUUUACAUUAUAAUAUUGGCAACAUUGCUAUGCAUACAUAAGCAUGCAUGACAAAUUAUUUUACA